AUGAUUGGCAAAACUGUGAGGGAUGUUACUGUCCUGCCUCUCAUUGUUGGAGACUCUGCAUUUCCCCUUCGUUCUUGGCUACUGAAACCAUAUACCAAUGCUGUAUUGACACCUCAGCAGCAUUACUUCAACUAUCGCUUGUCUAGAGCGCUCAUGGUCACAGAAGCUGCAUAUGGUCAACUUAAGGGGAGGUGGAGGGUCCUAUUCAGGAAAAAUGAAAGCAGCCGAGAUCAAGCCCGCAUAACCACUCUAGCAUGCAUGGUGCUUCACAAUACUUGUAUUAUGCAGGGAGAUGCCAUCUCAAGGAAGCUUGAUUUGUCUCUUGAUGAAAGUGGUGGAAAGAGGAACAGGGACGAAUUGAGAAAGUUGCUGCAGAUGAGAGACUGUCUAAGCAUAAGGAAUGCUUCUCGGGAGGCAGCCAGAAUCAGAGAUGCAUUCUGUGAGAAAUUAUGGCUAGAGAAGUAA